CGUCAGCGGGUACGCGCACGAUUCAGUGCGCACGCUCGUUCAGCUAGCAGUGCUUCCCGGUCCCUGAUUGUCCCCGAUCUUCCCGGCGUGAAUUCGUGUCGACUGCCCAGAGUCCGCGAAUUCAGGUCCGUCGCUGCAUUUGUCACCACACCCUCCAUCCGCAAAAGGGGAACAUCGACAUAAUCAAGCAAGAUUUUCUUAUCCUGGACUUCGAGGGCUUGGCGUAGCUGUUGAAAGAAUUUUUGUGAUCAUAAUGUCUCUACAUCAGUUUCUGUUGGAACCAAUCACAUGCCAUGCCUGGAACCGUGACAGAACACAGAUUGCAAUUAGUCCCAAUAAUCAUGAAGUUCAUAUCUAUAAGAAAAGUGGUAACCAGUGGAUCAAAACUCAUGAUCUUAAGGAACACAAUGGACACAUCACAGGAAUAGAUUGGGCUCCAAAAAGCGACCGCAUUGUAACUUGUGGUGCAGAUCGCAAUGCCUAUGUUUGGAGCCAAAAGGAUGGGAUAUGGAAGCCGACUCUGGUGAUACUGAGAAUAAACCGUGCAGCCACCUUUGUGAAAUGGUCUCCUUUAGAGAAUAAGUUCGCAGUUGGGAGCGGAGCACGGCUAAUUUCAGUAUGUUAUUUUGAGUCGGAGAAUGAUUGGUGGGUCAGCAAACAUAUCAAAAAACCUAUACGCUCCACAGUUCUGAGUCUAGAUUGGCACCCUAACAACGUUUUGCUUGCUGCAGGAUCCUGUGACUUUAAGUGCCGAGUCUUUUCAGCAUACAUUAAGGAAGUGGAUGAGAAGCCUGCUGCUACUCCUUGGGGAUCUAAGAUGUCUUUUGGUCAAGUAAUGGCAGAAUUUGGAGGUGCGGGAAGUGGAGGAUGGGUGCACAGCGUCAGUUUCUCAGUUAGUGGAAACCGUCUGGCAUGGGUUAGCCACGACAGCACAGUGUCUGUUGUAGAUGCCCCCAAAAGCAUGAUGAUUUCCCAAUUGAAGACUGAAUUUCUUCCCUUGCUGAGUGUCAUUUUCAUCUCUGAGAACAGCAUUGUGGCAGCUGGCCAUGACUGCUGUCCAAUAUUGUUCAACUGUGAUGAUCGUGGAACCCUGACUUUCGUCUCCAAAUUAGACAUUCCAAAGCAGAACAUUCAACGCAAUAUCUCUGCUAUGGAGCGCUUCCGCAAUAUGGACAAGAGAGCCACCACAGAGGACCGCAACACUGCCUUGGAGACACUGCAUCAAAACAGCAUCACCCAAGUGUCUAUAUAUGAAGGAGAUAAAAGAGAUUGUCGUAAAUUCUGCACUACUGGAAUUGACGGUGCAAUGACCAUAUGGGAUUUCAAGACUCUGGAGUCCUCUAUCCAAGGUCUGCGGAUUAUGUGAAGGAAACCAUUUUGUCUAGCAAGACACCGCUUGCAGAAAGGAUCCCCAAAAGAAAAGAAACAAAAAAAAGUAUUCUGAAAACUUUUUAAUCUUCCAGAGGAAAGAUUGAAUCAAACUUUGAACUGUCAUUUGAAAUUUCUGCAGUUAUCAAUAUUUCAGAUAAGGAGCUUUGGACAUGAUUUUUACUUUAGCUGUGAUUGUUUUUUCCCUCUUCAUUAUUCUAUACCAAAGCUUCUUCUUGGCCGUGUGGCAUUGGGCAGUGAAGAUAAUCUCAUUUGAGAUGAGAUCCUCAUGCAGCACUGUAAAACACUAAUUUAUGGGGAAUUUUAUGUAAAUGGUCUGCUAGAAAUAAAAGGAAUAUAAAAAUGGACUAAAGGCAUUUGUCCUGUGGUCAAAGACAUA